AUGGGCAGAUUCACGAAAGCCAAGGGGCCUGCAGCUGCGAGUGCCGAAAGCAGUGCUGGUGGCCAGACGCCGUCGCUGACGCCGCUGUCUACACUUGCGCGGAUGCAGCCGUUGCCGUUGAGCCUGGUGAACACCGUAGCUCGUGUCACCUACAUCUGUGGGCACGCGGUUGGCAAGUACCCGGCAUUCAAAGUGGUGGUGAGUGGCCAGGAAGCCGAGGGUGAGGUGACGCAGGUCCUCGUCAAGUUCAACGGCAUGCCUCGGGAGGUGCCGCAGCUUGACUCUCUCGUCGAGCUACAGGGCUGCGAACUGAGGGAUGCGUGGCGCAAUGCCACUGGCGCCAUCCCCGAGGGGCAAGUGAUUGCAGGGCUUUCGUCUCGCGAACUUGCGCUGAACUUGCUUCAGGGCAAGAGGAAGCGCGAAGCUCCGCAGUGCCUUGUGCAUUGGCAGAUUGACCGGUCAACCCUCCGAAUCUUGGUGGGCCACCCCGACGCAUCGACAUUCCCCAAGGCGACUUUUGAAUUGCUGGAGCUGAAGCACCUACCUGCGGACAGCUUUGGGUGCUGUGGAUUCAAAAUCUGCGAGGUGGGGCCGCUUGGAGGUGACGGAGAUAAGGUUCGCCGACAAAUCCGAGUGUCGGAGAUUUCAGGGACGGCUGCUGACCGACCUUCACCUUUGCUUUGGUAUAGUUGUUGUUCAGGGUUUUUGAAGGUGCACCUAGAAGCAGUAUGCAUGAUAAAGUUCAGUGGAAGCCCAUGUAACAUGCAGGGGCUUGUGUUGCAGUUGAUGUCCUUUUGUUUCAUGCGGCAGGAUGCCAUUCGUUUGGCAAAUGUUGGAGGGAGCAGCAAAGGCUUAAUUUGGCUACGGGGCUGA